AUGUCACUUGGUCGACUCACUGUCAACAUCAACGCCCACGAGUCUGGUACCAUCCAUCACAGCUUACUGUCAGACCAAACCACCAAAGGAAUCCACCGUCCGUUCAAUGGUAGAAUUUCAGCCUUCCAAGCUGAAGGUCGGGGUUCGAUUCCCCGUUGA